AUGUCCUCUGGCUAUCCCAUUCUGGAUUCUGCAAAGAAAAUAGAGGAAGAACGAAUGCCUGCGUAUGAGCGUGGUCUCUACUAUCCAGUGAAGCUUGGUGAUGUAUUUUAUUCUAGGUACCAAGUUAUCAGCAAACUGGGCUUUGGGGCAAACUCAACGGUGUGGUUCUGUCGUGACUUGCAACACCACCGGUAUAUAGCGCUGAAAAUACAAAUCAGCAGCUCGAGGAGCAACCAAGAAGUACGCGUGUUGGAGCACCUUUCGCGAAUAAAGUCACAGCACCCCGGCAGCAGUCUCGUCCGCCAAUUGAUAGAGAAAUUCGAAGUUACGAGUCUCAAAGGCAUACAUCAGUGCAUUGUUUACGAACCUCUGUUAACAAGCCUCCUGCAUUUCCAGGCAACUUUGGACUCAAUGAGCCUUCCCGAAGACCUACUAAAAGGGGCACUGCAGCAGCUUCUACUGGCCCUUGAUUAUCUACAUUCAGAGGCGCAUGUAAUACAUACUGAUAUCCAAGCGAAGAAUAUCAUCAUUGCUGCAAAAGACGAAUCAGUCUUCCGGGAAUGGGAUGAUGGCGAGACUAAUGAACCGAGUCCUCGCAAGGUUGAUAAUGAGUACACUGUCUAUCAGUCACGCCCGUUCCGUCGCAAGAAGGGCUGGAGUGGCCUCGGGAUGCCGCUGCUCACGGAUUUCGGAGAAGCUCGUCUGGGGGAAGUGCACGAAGGAUUGAUCCAGCCGGAUAUUUAUCGCGCACCUGAAGUCAUUCUUGGGAUGAGUUGGACAGCGAAGGUUGAUAUAUGGAAUGUAGGAGUGUUGAUCUGGGAUCUCUUCGAAGAUCAUCACUUAUUCGAUGGCAGAGGACCAGAUGGUUUCCAUUCAGAUGCGCAACUCUUGGCUGAAAUGGUAGCGAUGCUGGGGCCUCCACAAGUGGAGUUUCUUCGUAAAUCACCUCGCAGCCUGGAGUACUGGGACUCGUCAGGUCAAUGGAAGGCUUCUGAAUUAAUCCCAUCUAUUUCAUUGGAUGACUCAGAAGAGUAUCCAGAAGGUGAGAACAAGCAGAUGUUCAUGAACUUUAUGAGGAAGAUGCUUCGAUGGGAUCCAAAAGAGAGACAGAGCGCCCGCGAACUAUUGACAGAUCCGUGGUUGACAAGUUCAUAG